AACGUUUUGAAAUUUGUAUUAGCAUAAAUUAAUAAUUCAUUAGGCGACGUAAACAAUCCACAGAAAGUGAUUUUCACGCCGAUUGAAUCUUGCGAGCCUCGGCGUAGCUUCAACUUUCUUCGUCCGAAACCGCCAGGAUCUAAGGACUCUUUCCGAAAGGAACCUCCGUCAGGUGGUUGUGUGGCGGUUUCACCGGAUGCUAGACUUCUCAUGAUCUGCGGGAUGCAGUGCUGAAACUGACCCUCCAAUGCCAAGACAAGGAGUUACUGACAACUCGUGCAGAUACCCGAAACACAGAAGACAACUUCUCAAGCUGUGAGGAAGAGAUUUCAGCAGGUGUGAAGAUUUAAAGGCUCCAGUGCUGAGUUGUAACCUGUGAACUAAGACAAAAAAGGAACCGCAGUGUUGGGACUACCGGACUGUUUUACCAGCCGCUGACUAGGAUAUAACCCAACACCACCUGAACUGUAGUGAACUGUAGCUGAACUGUAGAGCUGUUUAAUCAGAGACUGACGAUGUAUCCAACGCAGCUUGCCAGAAGACUCUCUGCUCUGACUGGAGCUUUAUUAGUGCUGUUAACGAACCUGAGCUCGUUAUGUGGUGGUUUCCCGGAGGACCUGUACCCACUGCACCAGAUCCCUUACACUGAAGGAUCACCUGAAUAUGAGGUUUUCUGUGGACAUCGGCACAAUGACGAGUUUUCGAACUGCUCGCACAACUACGAGUUCCAGCUGCUGAGGGAGCUGGCGUACGAUGGAAGGAACCACCUCUUGUUGGGAGCGAAAAACCAUGUCUUCCUGGUGGAUGUUGACGACUUCCAGAUAUUCAGAUCGAAGAUUGAGUGGAAGUCCACUGAGGAUGACCAGGGCAUGUGCCAGAUGAAGGGACUGAUGAAGCACGAGUGUCACAACUUUAUCCGCGUUCUGGAGCUCAGGAACGACUCCACGCUGUUCGUGUGUGGGACCAACGCAUACGACCCGAAAUGCCGAGACUAUCCGUUGGAAGUGUUUUCGGAGCGUGCGUACAACGGCGGAGCACCCACCAUGUCCGGCAUCGCGAAAUGUCCGUUUGAUCCGAGUCACAAGAACACCGCUGUCUUCGCAGAUGGGAAGUUGUACUCUGCAACCGUUGCGGACUUCACGGCGAGGGAUACGGUGAUCUACCGGAGUCUGGGGUACUCGGAACCGUACGACCCAACACUCAAGACAGAACAGUAUGACUCCAAGUGGCUGAACGAGCCCAGCUUCAUCAAAUCCUUCGAACACGGCAACAAGGUCUUCUUCUUCUUCAAGGAAACCGCUGUGGAGUAUAUCAACUGUGGGAAGACGAUCUACUCGCGUGUGGCCCGGGUAUGUAAAGAUGACCAGGGCGGUCAGCGCGUGCUGCAGAACCGCUGGACCACAUACAUGAAGGCACGACUGAACUGUUCCGUCCCCGGCGAGUACCCGUUCUACUUUGAUGAGAUCCAGGCCAUGACAGACCUGAUCCAGGUCGGAGACAGCUACCGCAUGUACGCUGUCUUCACCACCCCACAGAACAGCAUCUCAGGAUCGGCUGUAUGUGCGUUUGACAUGGAGAACAUCACGGAAGCGUUCGAUGGGAAGUACAAGGAACAGGAGACGACGCAGUCGACAUGGCUGCCCGUCCCGCCAAACCGUGUGCCCAGUCCACGCCCCGGAAACUGCGUCAACAACUCCAAACUUGUUCCUGACACCACACUGAACUUCGUGAAGACACACCCGCUGAUGGACAGCGCUGUUGGUGCCUGGGGCGGGGAACCGCUCUUCAUCAAAACCGGAUCGGCGCGGUUUACGGCCAUCGCCGUGGAUACAGAGGCAGGGAUUGGGAAUCACCUGGUGAUGUUCAUCGGCACCAACACCGGGAAGGUUCUGAAGAUCCUGUACGUUGAUGGGAAGCAGAUUUUCCUGGAGGAGAUAGAGGUGAUGGACCAGGACACCCCCGAGGGGGAGCGCUCCAUCUUAAACCUGCGUCUGGUCCAGAAGACGCCACGUGAGAAGGUCCUGGUUGCCGUGACCCAGCGCAAGGUCGUCCAGGUGCCACUUGCACGCUGCCAGCGCUACAGCUCCUGCAGGUCAUGUGUGAAGGCGCAGGAUCCAUAUUGUGGGUGGAGCGGCGACAACAAUGACUGUCGGGAGGCUGUUUCCAACACCCUCCAAGACAUUCUGAACGGAGAUCACACCAGCUUCACCGGAUAUACCUGCUCAGGAUUCAGCGACUACGGAGAUACGAGUCCACAGUCUACGCAGGCUCCGUGUGAAUGCCGAUCUCCGGGCCCCCCGACCACUUCCCAAGUCACCCUCCACACCACCGGCCCCGGGGAGGUCACUUCCCCCACCACGUCGCCUGUACCACUCCCCAGUCAGACAGACCCCCCCGGGGUCCAGCUGGGAGAGACGGUUGAAAUGCCUCCGGGCAAAGUCGAGCAGACAGUGGUCAAGCCACCCGACUUGCACGUGUCAUCGCAGGUUGGUUCUUAUCCCGGAGGUUCCCCGACGACCCUUGCGUUGGCCAUUGUGUUCUCCGUGAUCGGCGGGGUGAUUCUGGGUGUGCUGGUGACGUACUGUGUGGUGUGCCGCCAGGGCGGGAAGGACUCGCAUGAGAGCCACACCGUCGUGGAGGUGCCGGCCUCUCCUCCCCGGGAGAAGAACGAAUUCCCCAAGAACGGUUCCCUGAACAAUCUGGCCGACACUUGCAACUACAUCAACAACACAAAGAAGCAGGACAACUACAAGGUGCGCAACGAGAACUUCAACCACAACCAGAAUGCCAACGGUUCGCCGUCUUCCGUCCCAAACGGCACGAUUCCCAAUGGCUCCCCCGGGCAGAUGCCCCACAUGCAUGGGAAAGACCCGUCGGACAUCCGGAGAGAGAGCCUGAUCGACCGCGAGCGGAUGGCCGUGAGUGGGUACGCCACGCUAGACCGGGACAUGACCACCCCCAGGAAGCUGCCUGGCGUCCCCUCCGAUACGUCACCAAAGCACCGGUAUUCCAGGGCACACGGCCCCAUCAACCCUAAUGAGUACGAUAUGGGAGAGUUCAUCACACCACCGAAAGUCCCCACCAAACAGACUCUUCCCCCCAGGGUGCCCCCCAAGGCAGGGACGCUCGGCAGGGACGGCAGGCCCAAGCCCAUGGGACCCAAGCCGGUACCACCCCCCAAACCUCCACAGUUACGGAUGCAACAACACCAUCAUCACAGACAUGCAGACUCGUAGGGGGGGUGCACGAGGGGGGGGGGGGUGAAGGGACAGACUGAACUUGUUUUUACAAGAAAAACUGAAGAAAUGAGGAAGAAAAAAAGAUGAAAUGAUGAGGACUUGAACUCAUAGGUGUACAGAGAAAGACUGCAGAAUGAACUGCAGACCACACGUGUGCGUGUGAGAGAACGGACGAACGGACAAUACGGGGCUGCAAGACAGCACCCCAGGACUGCAAGUAGCUCAAAUCACUGGCUGGGUCAGGGUUUGUGUAGGGCCAAGAUUCUUUGUUGUCUUCUGCUCCAGUGAGACAUGGUUUUGCCGCUCAUCGACAUCGGUCAUGCAAACUGACUCAUGUAUGUUUAAUGCCUGUUGACCAGAAACUGUGUGCGUCAAGCAGGCAUGGCAACUCGGCUGUCAAUUUUGACAUACGCAAUACGCAGUUCAGGGCAGGCCCAAACUUUCUGCAUGAACACUAAGUACAGACGAAAAUCCGUCUGUAGUUCCCUUCAGAUCUCGAUGUGGGCAAGACCCAGUGUCUCGAUGGAGUCGUUGGCCAGCUGUGACUGCACACUGCCGUCUUGUUUCUUAUAUGGUUGUGCAACAUUCUGAUAUCAUGACACCAGAACCAUUUCAUAUCCUUAUAUGGAGAUGGGCCGAUGUACUAACAUAAGCCUGCAACUGCCGGCAAUUUUAAUGUUGUACAGUGUUUGAAAUGUGUAUGUAUAUAUACUUAUAUGAUUUUAUCACGUCACAUUUUAAUGGUUGCUUUUCAAAUGUAAAUAUUACGGUUUUAGUUUUGUACUUAGCAAUGCAAGUGCCUCAGACUCUGAGGGUCAGAUGCGACAGAACCAGUAUUGUAACACAAGAUUUGGUUUGGGUUGAAUUGUGACGUUUUCUGCAUGUCAGGAGGGAAGUCAAACUUCGCCAUCUCCUGAUGCCCAGGAAAAAGGGACCCCGUAGUGUGGUUUUAGCCAUUAGCGUGACACCAGAAACCAUGUCAGAUUUUGGGACCAUAGUUUAUCUGAAUAUUUUAUGGAGUGCUCUCUGUCCUAUUUCAACAGACAAUAAAUAGUCUGUGGCGUUAUUUCUUAGAGAGCAAAAAUGGGGGAAAAACAACAGCCAAUUUGGCCUGACUGGUCCGGUGAUAGCACCUUAGUUUGUUUUUAUAUUACCCCAAAUAUGAUAUUUGAGUCCAGACUACUUCCCAUGUGGGUGGAACUAUAAGUAGUGUUUCCUACACAAGUACUGUAGUUCUUUAUCAGGAUAGCAAAUAGUUUUACAUGUUAGUAGUAUUAGUAAGAACAUGUCCUGGACCUGAGUUUGUACCAUGACCGUCCUUCCUCCAACAUGACAUGUGUCGAUUCGACACCGACACUCUUGUUGCUGACAUCUUCGUUGCCAGUGACGACUAAUUGUACAUAGCACAUGCAUUUUGUCGUUUUCCGCCAUUGUUGCCAAGGCCUGUCAUUUGAGCCGCGCUUGCACGUGUGGGAGUGAACCGUGAUGAUUUUUCCGGCCCGUUUGACCGUUAGAGUAAGUAGGACUCUCCGUAAGACCAUAUCAAUGGACUCUGAACCGACCAGGUCUGGGGUAGACACAGGCUGACAGUUCCAGACGUUUCACAUACAGGGACAAAAGUUUUUGUCACGUAACAAAGUCAAAGCUUUAGACUAGAGUUUCAUUUCUCUUACACAGUUUGAUAACCAAAUUGCUCCUUUCGAAAACAGUGGUCCCCAGGUUGUCUGCAGAGUGAAAAUGUUUUUGCUGUUCGAAAACAGAAAGAAAUUGCGUUCUUAUCCAUUGGAGAAGUGACAGCCUAAAGUAAGGACAGCCCAUACAAGGGAGAACCCACCUUACCCCAGGGAAUAGAGCUUAUCCCGGGGACAACUUACCAAGCCCUGGGGACAACCCAGCUACAGUGUCUGAGAACUGAACUCUAGUGACAAACCUGAGCUAGUAGGGAUUACAGGAGGAUUAGACACAGAAGUGUGUGUGAGAAUUAUUUCAGAUACGGGACAAACCAUCAGUAUAGGGGUGUGAUCUAACUGAAAAUAUUGUAUUUAAGAUAUCCUGUAUCUUCUCUAAUGAAAUGUAUAAUUAGAUUGUCUUUAAACAUAGAAAAGCUCCCCUUUAAGUGAUGGUCUGUCCCGACAUGUUAUUGCACCGUGUCUGGUUGUACAAAUCUCGAACUAAUCAAAAAUCUCAGACGAGUUUUAUUUUUGUAUGUGAGCAUUGGAAGGCUAGCUUAAAACACUAGAAUCACGCUUGUAGGUAUAGACUCCAUACUGCUGGCUAAAUUACCUGACUACUGCCGUGAAAUUGCCCAUGCUGUAGAGCCAAUCACUGCCGUGGAACCAGGCUUUUCACUGCCGUGGAAUCAGGCUUGUCUAGCCGUUCUUUUCUGCUAUUAAACAGUCUGAUGUAAAUGA